AUUAAUAUUUUUAUCCCUAUCACAUGACAGCUAAGGGUUAAAACUUUCAAUUAGCUAUUUUUAAAUUCUGCGUAUGUAUGAUGUGACGAAAUUAUAUAUCACAUUAUUCUAAUGUUUUGUAUUUCUGAAAAACGCGUGCCCAGCAUACAGAUGAAUGAUACAUUUGUGUAACAGACCACUAUCUACCCUGAUUAUGGGAUAAUAUUUCAGAUGUGAAUGUACAUUGUAGAGGGGAGGUGAUUGUGUCAUGGAUGACUUUGCUGGUGAAGAGUUGAUCCAGGCUGCAUUGUUUGAUAAUGAUGAACUGCUCCGAUGUCUACUGGAGGGCGAUUGUCGUAACCAUAUCAACAUAACUGACCGCUGUCAUCGCACUGCCUGCUUCACAGCAGUAUCCAAUAAUAGCAUCAAGUGUCUCCGCAUCCUCCUAGAGUAUGGCGCUGAUCCCAAUAUUCCUGCAGGAGAAAUGCACAAUCUCAGAACACCUCUCCACUGUGCUCUGAUUGAUGGAAAAAGGGAGAUUGUAGAGCUACUGGUUCAUAAUGGCGCUGAUUUGUAUGCUGUAGACGUUUUAGGGCUGUCUCCCCUUUCCUUAGCAAGGAACAUAGAGCGUGCUGACUUCAUACAAUGUUUGGAGAGAGAGAAUGAUCGAAGAGAUAGACUGGCAGAGGGUCACAGGAAAAAUUUUAUUAAAGCUUGUGAGAGAGAGGACAUCCAUGCCGUUAAGUCGGCCCUACAUGUCGCCGAGUCCACUAAGCGUCUAGUCAAUGAGAAGAUAACUGAAGAUGGCCUCACGGCUCUGUGUCUGGCCUGUAAUCAAGGUAACUAUGACAUGGUGGCCCUCCUGCUCGACUGGGGGGCAGACCCUCAGGUGUUCGGGGAUACCGGUGAAGGACCAGCCCACAUUAUCUGUCAACAGGGAGAUAGCAAGAUACUUUUCCUUCUGCUUCAGCGAUGUAUUGACAUAGUGAAAUCCAAGUCAGCAGACGAGAACCUUCCACUGCACAAAGCCAUCCAGGGCGGCCAUGUUGCUGUGGUAAAACAGCUACUGGAGUUCUCAUACCCAGACAGUAUGAUGAUAGAACUUAGCGUGGAGGUUGGGGCAAGUAGCCUCAUCUACUCCUUCCCUUUUGAUGUGAACUCCCCCAAUGUGUUUGGCCAUACUCCCCUGUACCUGGCUUGUUUAGACGGGGACUGCUCCCUUCUUGAGUACAUGUUAAAUUUUGAGGUGCCUGCCACUAGUACAGGCCCACCAACGUUUGGUCAUAUGGCUUCAGGAAGUCAGUUAGGGGACACUUCAGAACCUGUUACACCAGACGUUGGGUCUCUCAAUCACUGUAAACCCUUUCAGGUGAAUGUUGAGAGCGCCUGUAGGUUCAUUCCCCUCCAUGCAGUGAUAAAGAAAAGAAAUCAUGUGUUGGUUAACCUACUACUGGAAAAGAAGGCUGAUCCCAACAGUUUUUACAUCAAAAAUGGUCGCCAUGUGUCAGCGCUCUUAGUCGCCUGUGAGAAUCAGGACAGCCUCACUCUGGACAAACUUCUGCGGUAUGGGGCUGAGGACAAAGAUAAUUCUAUUUUUACAUAUGUUGUACGUGACCGACAGAACCUACUGCCUAUCCUGCUCAAGUACAAGAGUACCAAGGAAAAAUCAGCUGAUCACACCAUCAACAAGGCAGCCAUGAAGGGGGCUUACCUUGAGUCACUGUGUGGACCCUCAGAAGAAGCAGGUCAGUUUUCUUCCAUAAACAUCAACUAUAAGAAGAUGUUCCCGGUGACGGCUGUCUACCUACGCUGGCAGAACCUAAAGGGACUGACUACAGUGGAGGAAGAUUGGCUGAUGAGCUGUGCUUACCACUACAACCUUACGAUGAAGACCAUCAGCUCCUUCGCCCUGUUUGCCAUUACCAGGGUAGACAUCUCCAACAACAAACUUGGAGUCAUGGUUCCCAGAGUGUUUUUUAAACUCCCAUCUCUGCACACACUGAACCUGUCCAGGAAUAUGCUGUCUAAGUUCCCUACUGAGGACAGCAUGGUAGUAAGCUGUAGUUGUUUGGAGGAACUAAGGAUCGAUGACAACAGACUAGAGGCAUUACCUUCAUAUCUCUUCAGUUUGAUGUCACUGAAACACUUGUCUGCAGCCUCCAACCUGAUCAAGGAUGUUCCUGCAGAUGUCUGGUGCUGUCCUUCGCUAGUGGUGCUGAACCUGUCUCACAAUAAGUUAGCAUCCCUUCCAGAGCCUAAGGUCACAUCUCUCAGGACCUCGGGCAUUGAUGAUGGAAGUAUAACAGAGUUUGAGAGCUCAAUGAUAAUAGGUUCCCCAGGUGAAAACCAUGUGAAACACGUUAACUAUUGGUGCAGUCAUCUUGACACGAAAGAGACAGACUUUGACCUUGCCAACCAUCCAGGUAAAGAACACAGUGGUCUGAAGGAUCUUGACUUAUCACAAAACCUUAUAACAGAAGUCCCACGCUGGCUUUGCUGUGUGUCUCCACACAUGGAGAACUUAAACCUUGCCCAAAAUAAGUUAGACAGUGCGUCCAGACUGGGAAUAUAUCCUCAGCAUCUGAAGACGCUGGACCUAAGUGGAAAUUUGAUUGUGAACCUGACCCCCUGGGAUGGGGAAUAUGGUGCUGACACCAGUACCAGUAUGUGUUACCGCGGCAGAGUACAGAGGAUCUCGCCCCACUCUGUGUCCCCAGGUUUUGGUCACAGCUACUUGCCCACUUGUACUCACCAGAAUCACACCCUUCUUGAGCGAUUGGACACCCUCAACCUCAGCAGCAACAGAUUCCUGAGGAAGAUGAUCGUGUGUAAACAUCAGGAGGGCGCCAAUCCUCAGAGGACAGGCUCUACAUCUUCCCUCGGCUCUACAGCUAGUAUGGGAUCCUUCAGUGUGUUGCCAGGGGUAGCGGAUGAGGUGACCCGUCGCCUCAUCUUCCCCAACUUGACCAGUCUUGACCUCAGCCACAACAAAAGUCUCACUGACCUCCCUCCAGAGAUUGGCAAUCUUAAAAACCUGAAACGCCUGUCCCUCAACAGGUCUAUGGUAUCGGAGCUACCCCCAGAGCUUGGUUGUUUGAAGAAUUUGAUAACAUUGGAGCUUGAGUUUUGCCCUCUGCAGGGCCCCAUUCAGGAUGUGAUUAGAACAUCUAAAACCCCCCGUGACAUCCUUGGUUUUCUUCACUCAAUCCUAGAGGAGGCAGUAGAGUACAACUGUAUGAACCUGAUGUUUGUUGGUGUCCAUAAAAUAGGCAAGACAUCACUGCUGCGACAGAUCAGGAAGAACAGGAAAACACCCAGGGGGAUACGACCUCCUACCCACUGGAUAGAGCGACGGGACAAGAAGGCCCACCCUACCGAUGAUGACGCACCUCUGUCCACUGUGGGCAUUGACAUCCAUGAGGUGGUCAUUGGGGAGAGUAGGGAGCACGGACCAAUCACCUUCAGGACGUGGGACUUUGGUGGACAGCGAGAAUAUUAUGCCACCCACCAGUACUUUCUAUCAGCAAGGUCACUCUACCUCGUCAUGUGGAAACUGACCGAUGGUGAAAAGGGUGUACAGAGUAUGUGGCAGUGGUUGGUGAACAUACAGGCAAGGGCACCAGGAUCGCCAGUGAUUAUCAUCGGGACCCACAAGGAUGUAAUAGAGGCUCGGGCAACCAAGAAGAAUUUCACAGAGAACUGGGAAGAGGACUUAAACAAGCUCAUAGAUCAACAGUUUUGUCUCGUUGAGGAGCCGGACAAGUGUGGUCUUCCUAACAUCAUUGCUCGUAUCAACAUCAGUACUCGUAGCCGCCGUGACGUCAACAAACUCGUCGACUGUAUCUACCGCACAGUGUUUGAACUCAAACAUCCACGGCGGCGCCAAGAGAAAUUACUGCGCCACAAGAUUCCAAAGAAAUACCUGCUGCUUAAGGAGAUCGUCCAGGAACUCGCUGUGGAGCGGGAAAGGGAGAAAAAAGACCCAGUCCUAGACAAGGACUCCUACCUAGCCUUGGUGAUGCACAAAAUCUUCAACCUGUCAGAAGAUGGGACCAAUCCUCCAUGGGAAUGGUGGGUACACUUAGUCCUCCAUGAGAAUGGUAUCCUGUUCCACUACGCUGACAUCGGCCUGAAGGACCUGUACUUCCUCAAUCCUCAGUGGCUGUGUGACCAGCUGGCUCAAGUCUUGGCUGUAGGACAGGUCAACAACUUCUGUAAAAACGGUGUAAUGAAGGCAGAGAACCUACGGAUGUUGUUUAAGGAAUCCACAUUCCAGCCAGAAAGUAUACAGCAGUACAUCUGUGGCCUCCUGGGCAAGUUUGAGGUGGCUCUAGAGUUUGACCGUAACAGACUGUUACUUCCCUCCCUCCUCCCCACUGAGCAGGAAUUGGCCUCCAGUAUACGGAGCAAUACUGAUGUCCGGAUAUCUCUCUCAAAACCUUGUGAUUCAAGUGAAGUGCAGACAUUUUCCAAUUUUCCAUUUGGAGCCUCACUCAGAGUGAAGCCAGGUAGUAACCAAAGUAGUCCAUUCUCGUCUCUGAAGCAUAUGGGUUCAUUGGAGCCUAGCGGUCUAAUCCUGUAUAAGACAGAGGCCACCAACAACAUCAUGUUCUCCCUAUGUCGCCUGUAUGUGAUGACCUACUUCCCAAGUGGGUUUUGGCCACGCCUCAUCACUCGAAUCCUGGCCGACAGUACAUUUUAUAACAUUGUGGAGAAGUUGGUAGGUAUAUCCCCUGACCUCCUUGCUGCCUGUACAGCUCUCAGGAACAAGAUUCCUAAGUGGCAGCCCUGGCAAACUGGCAUGAAGCUCCUCUACUAUGACACACCUCUAUUCUGUAUCAAGGAGGUGCUUGGAACAUCAGCAGAUAUGUGUCGCUAUAGCAAGUACUCAUUCAAGUGUUUCAUGGAGGAUGACUGGACUAAGAUUGACAUGAUAAAUAGUGUUAUACUGGAGAUGUCUUUUCCCUGUGACUCCCUAGUGUUCCACCUCGCCCAGCAUAGCCCAUCGCAGGACGGUCUGGUGAUAUCUAACAGGGAGCAGGUUUACCUAGAUGAAGGUGCUAAGGCCUGCUUUAUGUCUAAGAUCACCGCCCAUAUAGACAACCUGCUGCACGAUUGGUACCCGGACCUAGGAGAGGGGCGUUUUAACCAGAAUUGUUACGGACGCUACCUUAUCACCCGUAUUGUGCCAUGUCCCCACUGUCUGCAGCAGGCUUUGGAAGCGGAGAGAAAGAAGGACAAUCCACGUAAUUGGCAAUACAUCUCCUUAACUGAUACACAGGUCGCUGUAUCCAGUUCUCAGGAGAUGCCAUCCUAUACGGAGGACGAGCAGCCCAUCCCUAACAACAGUGAUGAGGUGGAGGAGGACAGGAGUAAAGUCCUGAACUGUUUUGUGGUGGAACGAAGCAUUGUCAACUACCUGUGUGGUUACGACGAGAUCUGUGAUCGUCAUGGCAGCGUGUCCCCGGCCUACAUGAUGUCAGCCGAUGGAUCCUGUAGGAUCCUACACAUAGCCCCUGACGUGGUGUUCAGUGAUAUAGACAGCAAGGUGUUGAUUGGUUCUUCUGAUCACCUGACUCUGGACAAGACCCUUGGUCGCGGAGGAUUUGGAGAUGUGUACGCAGGAACGCUUACUAGGAUAGAUGAGCCGACACGUGAUGUGGCCAUUAAGGUUCUGUUUGCUUCCCACAAAGACAGUCAUCAUCAUAAGAAGGAUCACCUGUACAUGCAGCGAGCAUGUGAUGCGUACCUGACGGCCCGACAGGAAGUGUCCAUCCUCCAGGACAUCCAGCACCAUCACAUGGUACCCCUAAUAGGGCUUUCCAUCGCACCCCUGGGACUCGUCCUAGAGCUGGCCCCGCAUAGUUCCCUUAGGGGCAUCCUGGAUAAACUCAAGAGUGGGGGCCAGAGGCUGUCUGUUUUCACCAUCAAGCAACUUAUUAUACAGGUUUCUGAUCCCCUGGCAUACCUCCACUUUGAAUCUGUUAUCUAUCGAGACCUAAAAGCAGAUAACGUGUUAGUAUGGAAGAUCCCAUUCAUGGAUAACACAGGGGAUCUUGGACCGGUCCACAUCAAAUUGGCUGACUACGGCAUCAGUCGUUCCGCCCUUCCCUCCGGAACCAAGGGCUUUGGUGGUACACCUCCCUUUAUAGCCCCAGAAAUACUGCAAUAUGCUGGCAAGCAUACUUACACAGAACUUGUGGAUAUUUUCUCGUUUGGAAUGUUUAUGUACGAGUUGCUGACGUGUUCCAAGCCUCUUGAGGAUGUCACCAACCCAACACUGUUUAUCUGUCAGAAUGGCCGCCCUUUCAUCUCACCUAAGGAGAAGCAGUACCCUGCCCACUUCCUUGACCUGAUGUGUAUGUGCUGGUCUCACUACCCUGCUGAGCGUCCCUCUGCAGCUCGUAUUCGACAGGUGGCUGGCUGUCCACAGUUCACACACCUGGCGGAUGCUGUCUCCAUGGAUUCAGACAUUGGUGUGCUGGCUGGCUGUUCUGUAGCUGUGGGACCCCACAAUGAGGAGGACACAUAUAUGUAUGAUGACUCUGAUGAGUUACGGAGACUGCCCCGACACACACAGGUCUGGCUCAGUACAGCUGUCCCCAACGGUAACUCGUGUCUAGACGUGUACAGCUAUGACACAGACUUACUUGGUACUACUGUUAAGACACACCUGUGUGAUAUUGAUGUCCACAUACAGGGACUUGUGGCCGUAGAGGAGACAGUAUGGGUCGUGGAUAACCAGCACAUGGUUCAUGUGUACGAGUGUCAAACUACCAAGGACGUUUAUGAUGUCCAGCUCGACCUGGCUGACAUUGAGCAGUCCCUCUGUGGCAGGUACUUACCUGGGCAGAAUGGUGGAGGCCAUGUUAUAUUUGUGUUCACAUCUCUGAUGAAGAAGACUUUGACUGUGGUAAAGAUGCCAACUCAGGGCGAGCGGCACAAGUACACCCACACUACAGUUAGGCUGCAGAGUCGCGCCCUGUGUGCUACAGUAGUACACUCUGGUACAAAGUUGGAGUUGUGGGUUGGUCUAGGUGAGGCUAAGGUUGCAGUGUUUGACUUGAAUGAAGACUUCCUACCUGGAAAACCAGACAAGAUUCCUGAACAGAUUUUGAAUCACCCCCACAGUGGCCAGAGUAAACAGUGUACGUUUUUAGAGACCAACAUCACAGAUCAAAAUAAUGAUGCUGUUUGGUCCUAUGUCUUCCCUGGUACACAUGUUCGUAAGUGGAAUACAUGGAGCAGACAGACAGAGUGUCAGCUGGACUGUAGCCAUCUUGUUCCUGCCACUGAGGGUCAGUUUGUCCAGUCCACAGAAGGUUCAGGAGUGAGUAGAUUUCUAGUGACGGCCCUCAGUAUCCUUGACAAGUACCUCUACGCCGGAACCACCUGGGGCUGUAUCAUUGUUGCCAAUGCCGUCACUCUCCUUCCAUACUCUAUAUUCCGUUGUCAUAACAACCAGGACUUCUUUGUGAAACUCAUUCUGCCAUUGUUUCAUGGUCGCCAUGACAACAGCGAUUCUGAAGGAAAAGGGGUGCCGGGCAUGGUGACGGUUGGGAAGGGCUACAUGCCACUCAUCAACUUUAAGUCGGUCAUCAAUAGUGAAGAGAGUGAUAGCUACCCCGACCCUGUCGUGGAUAAACAGUUACAGCCUCAGGAGAAGGACACCUACAUUCUCUCAUGGUUUGCCAAGGACUGGGAAUUCUACUGACUGAGAAUGAAUAGUGUAAGAGAAACCAUGACAGAUGUAAUUCUAGAAUACUGUAGUGGACAUUACCAUGUCAAAACACCUGUGUUGAGGAUUAGAGUUGUGAUACGCUCAUACAUUGAGUAUUUGAGUUGUGUGCCAGCUUGGCUGAAGUUAAGAGUCGGUAACACCAGCUCGAUUGAGGAUUACAGCUGGGUCACGCCUUAAAUUGACGAUUGUAGUUGUGUCACACUCUACACGUGAAGUUUGAGGAUUAGAGCUGUCACACCACUUCCCGUCAGAGUUGUAUCACACUUGAGGAUCAGGGCUGAACCACACCAUCUCAACUGAGGAAUAAAGUUGCAUUACACCACCUCCAUUGAAGAUCAGGGCUGUGUCACACCAUCCCAACUGAGGAUCAGGGCUGUGUCACACCAUCCCAACUGAG